AUGGAGCCUCAAAAACCCAGCAAGCGACUUCGCCAAGUCCCUUGUUGUGAAAACGAAAACCCUAAUCCCAAGUCACUCCCCAGUGUUCCUGGUUUCAACCAAAACCACCUCGAUUUGAUUAUCUCCUCGUUCCUCUCGUUACCGGAUUUGCCUUCGUUACCCUCGUCGCUCUCCAUCGAAUCCUCUUUCGAUAGAGUGUUUGAGAAAAUGUUCGAAGCCUCCAGUGAUGGUUCCGUUCAGGAUCGUAUCACUGUUCGUUCACUAGAACUCGCCUCGAUUCUUCAGGAUUCCACCAAAAAGUGGUUUCGAAAAUACGCCACUCUCUUCAAUACCAAUUCCUGGCCACUGUAUGAUGACCUUACUGUUAAGGUGUUUUCGAUGCUUGAUACAAAAUCUCUGAUGCAAGCUUCAGCUUCUUGCACCUUGUUCAAGAAAUGUGCCAUGGACCCUUUAUGUUACUCCCACAUAGAUUUGACAACCCGAGAUGUUAAUGAAACAGUUGUGCAGAGGAUGAUUUCUCAUGCCGGAAAAGAACUCAGAUCCCUUAAAGUUGGUCGCAUUGCAUGUCCGUAUGAUAGAUCUAGGGCAUCUUUGCUUUCAGGAUCUUGUUUUGCCCCACUAUACAAUAAUCAAGGUUUUAAACGGGAUCUCUUGAGAAGCCUACACAUUUAUAAUAGUCGAUGGAUGAAGGAGAAGUCCUUAAGUGGCGCGUUGAUAGCCUGCCCAAAUCUUACCGAUUUGAAGAUUGUUGGAUUGAAUUUUGGUCAAGUUAAUAAGGUAUUAGAUUGCCUCCCAAGAGGAUGCCAGAAUCUAUUCAUAGAGAAAGAAGAUAAUGGAUAUGGUGAAUCGCGCUUUUUAUAUUUUCCGUCAUUUUGGAGGAAGUGGCCCAAUAUAACUUCGCUAUCACUCAUAGGUUUCAAAAUACAUGACAGAGACGCCUACCGUCUUAUUAUGGGUCUUCAUAAACUUAAGUACAUGGAUGUAUCUAGAACAUAUGAAAUCGAUGGAGGCUUUUUGAGGGAUGUGGGAUAUGACUGCAAAGACACUCUGCUCGAGACUCUGAUAUUGCGGGAUUGCUCAUCGCUAGAAAAGGUUUCCUUUAAAAGAGCUGAAAGAAAAAAGACCAGGUCUCACAUUUGUGGCAGUUUUUAG